UUAACCAGCAAAAAAACUCAUAAAUUAGAUUAUUUGUAGAUUUUAACCAAUUUACAAAAAUUUCGAGCAGGAAUCGAAGAAAAGGACUAUUUGACCCUUUUCUUCUUCCUCCUCCCUCAUUUCUACCACCACGAUUUCUUCUUUAUUUAUUAGCCGCCGAAGGGAAUUCCUCCGGCGCCAUUUUUUAUAAUUUUUUUGUUUUUAUCUUUAGAGAUGGGAACCGAAAUUAUCAGGCCUCAAAAUUGUUUGGUUGACCGGAUGAGAGAUUCUCCGGCGACUUUUUUUAACUCCCGGAGGAAUCAUUUUCACCGGAAACCGCCUCUCAAACCUGAUCAAAGGAGAAGAUUCGGUUCCGAUGAGUUCAGAACGACGACAAAGAACAUUGUUAGGAGAAAAGGAGAGUCUUUUGACUCAUUCUCAAACAUCAAAGUUCGUAAAUAUUCACCGGAGGUUUCUGCCGAUGAUAUUUAUGCCGGAUCUUCGAUAUUCGCUGUUUCCCCAGCGCCAAGCUCGUUACCUUUGCCGUCUUUCUCGAAGAAGAAAGCGAAAAGCCAGGUUGUUGUCGUUUCCAUUGAUGACUCGGCCUCUCAAGAUCUCCGGAGACUUCUCCGGCUAAAGUUUUGAGACUAUCAAUUAAACGAAAAAGUUAUCGAAAUCGUCAGUUAUUUAACGGUUAAUAUAUAAAAUCUAGGAAUCGUCUCCGUUACUGUUUUUUAAUCUUAUCUUUCCUUUAAAUAUCUUGUUUAGAAAGGGAUGGGUAUGAAAAAGAUUGAAUUAAAAGUAUGGGGUCAGAUUUAGAAAUUAAUGUUAAAUAUUAACUGACUUUUUUGAAUUCUUUGUGUAAUGUGGAAAUUUAAAACUGAAAUCCUUUGAGAUCCAAAUGUGAAUUAAUUAAAACGAUAUGGGCUGAAAGAAGUAUUCGUUUGAGGCCCAAUAAAUAUAUUUAAGUUUAAAGCCUUUUAGGUGUCCACAAACUGCGUAGAAGAAUGGGAGGAUUUUGAUCAGGUUUAUAGCUAGAUUUUGUGCACAGAAGCAGUUUGUGAUGUGGUUUCGAUUGGUGUUCCGCAUAAUGGCGUCACGACGUUCUUAAUGCAGAUAUAUAACUAUGGAUAUAAUGCUAAAUAAAACUUAAAAAUGCA